CUUAGCUGACCUAAUGAUGUGGCUAGAGGGGGAAAAGGGCUUCGCUACGUGCCAACCAUACAACCACCAUGGCUUCACAGAGAUGAAGUGACUAUGUCAGGAAUUCUCGAGAGAGCUCCGGACUCAUAGGACAGGAAAACGCUCCUACCAUGGCAGCUGGUGUCAGCAUACUGAGUGACACACCGCACUCCAUGAGCGGAGAGAUGGAGACAGGCAACACAAGGAUCCCUACAGCUAAGUACACCAAGAUGGGGGAGACCUUGAGGCACGUCAUCCCGGGUCACAUGCAGUGCUCCAUGGCCUGCGGAGGGAAAGCCUGUAAAUAUGAGAACGCCUCUCGCUGGAGUGAUGAGGAGCAAGCCAUCAAAGGACUGUACUCGUCCUGGAUUACUGACAACUUGCUAGCUAUGGCAAGGCCUUCAACUGAAAUCAUAGAGAAAUAUCAUAUAAUCGAACAGUUUCAAAGGUGUGGUUUGAAGACGGUCAUUAACCUGCAGAGGCCCGGAGAACAUGCCAGCUGUGGCAACGCGCUGGAGCAGGAGAGCGGCUUCACGUAUCGACCUGAAAUUUUCAUGGAAGCAGGAAUCUAUUACUACAACUUUGGAUGGAAGGACUACGGUGUGGCAUCUCUGACUACAAUCCUCGACAUGGUGAAAGUCAUGUCAUUCGCUGUCCAAGAGGGGAAAAUGGCUGUCCACUGCCAUGCUGGUCUUGGAAGAACAGGCGUGUUGUUGGCGUGUUAUUUGGUCUUCACGUCGCGAAUGAGCGCCGACCAAGCCAUCCUGUUUGUGCGAGCCAAGAGGCCCAACUCCAUCCAGACUAGAGGACAGCUGCUGUGCGUCAGGGAGUUCGCUCAGUUCCUGGUCCCUCUCAGAAGUGUCUUCUCCUGCGCGGAACCCAAAGCCAGCGCCGUCACCUUGUCCCAGUACCUCACCCGGCAGCGCCACCUGCUGCACGGCUACGAGGCACGGCAGAUGAAGAAUGUGCCAAAGAUCGUCCAGCUAGUGUGCAGGCUCCUCGUCGACAUCGCCGACAACCGGCAGAUGACGAUCGAGGAAGAGUGGCUAGAGAUCCCCGACCUCACCGCUGAGGUGGAGAAGACCGUGUCUCAACAGGCUCUUCAGCAGCUCGGGAAGGAGAUGAGAGGGAAGGGAAUCCCUGUGCCAUCUUCAUCUAAUCCUCUCAGCCCAACACCCGUGCUGUCAAGACCUCUACACGAUCAACCUCUUGCCAGUGACAAUGAGCUCGACCCGCUCUGGAGGCAGCAGCAUGUAGAAACCCCUCUGAGAUGUUCUCUGUCCAACAACAAGCGCCUCAGUUCCAGCGACUCCGUCCUCCACAAACUCGGAGAACGGCAGAAACUUUUAGUAAGUCUGACAAACAACAAACUACCAAUCAACCGCCUGAUUAAACACUCCUUGUCUCUCGACAGCCUUACAGCUUGUAACACACCAGGACUUUGUGACCCCCUUCCUCAGGACAUUUUCAGCAGCAUUCAGGACCCGAUUUCAGAAGAAAAACAAGACACCGGACCCCCGAUUUUAAUGAAGCAGCUCCAUAAGGGGCAUCACAGUUUGUCUUUAGAUCUGUCUGUACAGGGGAGGAAAGCUUACUUUAACACCACACUGCCAGCCUUAUCAUCCAAGAGCAAAGUGGAGCAGUCAGACGAGGAUGUGUCAGCAGGUGGAGGAGCAGGUAGCGAGGAGUUCCCCGAGGUUUCUUUCAUCACCCUUCAGCCUGAGCUCUCCCCAGAGAGCAGAUGCCUGUUGGUGGCCAAAGCUCUGGUCAUGGACCUGACAGACAAGGAUCUCACCUCUAAAGUGUCGAUGUGGCAGACGGAGCUGAACUCCAGGGAGGGUGCGUGGGAGAGGCUGUGUAUGGAGCGAGAUCCUCUGGUCCUGUCCAGCCUGAUGUGGUCAUGGCUGGAGCAGCUGAAGGAUCCCGUCAUCAGCAACGAGGACGUCAAAGCCCUCAGCGAGAGGAACGUCAACCCACAGAACGCCCUCGACUCUCUGGAAAAGGGUCACCGGCUCACUCUGCUGUGUAUCCUUGACUGUGGUGCUCAUCUCCUGCCAAUGCCUGAAGAUGUGGAGACUAGUUUUCUGAACCAAACAAUAAAAGUGUUUACUAAGAUCGACCCUGCCUCAGAGAAGAAUGAGCCUUUGUACACAACACUGAAAGCAAUCCUGACUACAAUUCUUUAUGAGCUGCGUGACAAAGCUGUGGACGAGAAUGAAGAUUCCUGAUGCAGUCUGAAAAGAAGAAGACACACAAACAGGGUUUCACUCAUUUUGUUGGGCAUUACUGUAUUUUAAGCCAGUUUCUGAUUUCAGAUCUGCCAAUCUUAAGUCUCUCAAGAUAUUUGAAGACUAUGUCAUUUGAGGUUUUAGCUUUUCACUUUUCUUUUUUAAGCUCUUAACAGCCUCUAAGCACUGCCAUUCUCUGUUUAUGUGCCACUGCGCUCUGUUUGUCAUCUGUAAUAUUUGUGAAGGACUUGAUGUUGCUUUUAUUAGCCAACUGUUAGUUAGCAGGAUAAUGACUGAGAGACUUUCUCAUGAUGUUAAUGUGAUGUUAUUUAAAUGUGUGAGUCAGCUGUUGAAGCUGUUGAGAAGGAGAGAGGGGGUCUUAUUUAAACCAAAAGAUGUUUUUACACUGUGCAGGUGCUACAAAUGUGUCUUAUUUAUUCCGAUCUUCUUAUUUCAAAUGCAGCAAAUUUAUCUAAAGUUGCAAGGUGGCUUUGUUUUCGUAGAAUGUACGAUGCUUUUUCUUAGAGCGAAAUGCAAACUGCGGCUCUUAUUCACCGCAAUGCAAAUUCAGCAGAGCUACAGUGCAUUUGCUUUUCCCAAUCAAUAUAUGUCCUUAAUACUGUGUGCACCAAAAAAACAACCUCUCACUGUGCUGCUCUGUUGUUGUACAUGCAUUUGUAAAACAUCAAUCUGCCUCCACUGCUGCAUUUAGCAAAAAAACGCUGUCUGCCUCAAAUGAAACAGCCUGUGUGUGAGUGAGUGAGAGUGUGUGUGUGUGUGUGUGUGUGCGUGUGUGUGUGUGCGUGUGUAACAUUGCCCUGCCUCUGCGUAGCUGUCGAGACGAGUCAGCACCCGCCUCUCACCUCAUAUGUCUCAUGUAAGGACACAAUGUAAUCUCGAUCUGCUGAUACAUGGUGAAUGUGGUACACUGAUGACGAUAAUUUAAAUAAUAUUCAUAUGAAGGACAUGAGACGUUGUACUGUGGGGAAUUUUCAACAAGCACUAUUUUUUCAUUGUUACAAUGCGCUACACUUUUACUGAAUUAAACAUACUUACUGCA